AUGCCGAAAGACCACUGCCAGUGUUCCGCUUUAAUCGGGAUAUUCGACGCGAAAUUAGAGCGUCUUUUGAAGGCAUUGGAGGACUCGGGCGCCAAGAAUGCAGCGACCUGGGCGAAAGUCGACAAGGGACAUUCCUCGCUGAACCAAAACCUCGCGAUGUCCAUACCGGGUCCCAUGGCUGCGAAGAAAGUCGUACAACUUUCUGACGCGGCUAUAAAAGCCGCCACAGCGUCUCUAGUGGACAGACGACUAAAAGAAAACAGGCUGAUAAACUGGGGGUCGUUCUCCGGAAAAAUCACACGAGCGAAGCUGGCAAGCCUGAUAAAUCGCUCCACGCAGGAUGGCUACGCCAAAAGGGAAGAAAUCUUGGAGCGGGCUGGCAGCAUUCAAAAGGCCAACCCAAUGAUCAGGCGCCUAUCUGAGGAUCGUCCUCUAGACGCGCGCAAGAUUGGUCACAACAGGUCAGGAGUGGAAGCACGAAACAGGCUUCCACCGGGCACUAAACCAGACGACCCCAAACUCAUGACCAAGCCGAUUGUGGUCAUAUCCCCCUGUGCUCCCGAAAGCAGGCCGAUGAAACCAGCUGGUUCUCCGGACAGCAGUUUUUAUUCGACCACCACAGGCCUCUCGCCCACCAAAGGCAGGGACGCCCUGGAGGAGACAAAUCCCACAUGCAAGCAGCGCCCAAACUACGUGGAGCUAUCAACGCUUAUCUCCGUAUCAGAGGGCACAGCUGCAGCCGCGCACUCGUCAACAAAGUCACAGCCCCUGAACUGGACUGAGUCAGAUGUGCGGGGACAAGGAGCGAAGCCAAUCUCUAGCUCCACUCCGUCAAAAGCUGCAUCCCUGCUUGUGGACCCAACUGUCGCCCAGUACCCCGACACCCAAAGCCACAAACAUGACUACAGCCAUCCGGAAAAUCCCUCGUACAUCCAGUUGUCCACGCUGAUCGCUGGCGGAUCGGGUGUGCACACAAACACGGAAGAAGAGCGACUGCAGCCAAAAAAGCCAUAUAAAACUCGCCAUAUUAGAAAACUGCUGGCUGGCUUCAAGAUGUUGGAUACUCAACUGCGUGAAACCCAAGCACUUGUCCUAUCACCGACACGCGAGUUAGCUUCUCAAAUCCAGAAGGUCAUCCUUGCUCUUGGCGACUACAUGAAUGUUCACUGUCACGCUUGCUACGGUGGAACCAACGUUGGCGAAGAUAUCAGAAAGCUUGACUAUGGUCAGCACGUAGUUUCGGGCACUCCUGGACGAGUUUUUGAUAUGAUUCGUCGACGAAAUCUGCGUACAAGAGCAAUCAAGUUGUUCAUUCUGGACGAAGCCGAUGAGAUGCUAGACAAAGGAUUCAAGGAACAAAUCUACGACGUCUACCGUUACUUACCUCCAGGGACUCAGGUCGUUCUUCUCUCCGCAACAAUGCCUCACGAGAUAUUGGAAAUGACCUCCAAAUUCAUGACGAAGCCUGUUCGCAUACUGGUCAAACGUGAUGAACUGACUCUGGAGGGGAUCAAGCAAUUUUUUGUGGCCGUGGAACGAGAGGAAUGGAAAUUCGACACACUGUGUGACCUGUAUGAUACAUUAACAGUCACACAGUCUGUCAUUUUCUGCAAUACCAAACGUAAGGUCGAAUGGCUAACAGAGAAAAUGCGCAAGAACAAUUUCACCGUGGCCUCAAUGCAUGGAGAUAUGGUACAACGCGAGCGGGAGGAAAUCAUGCGUGAUUUUCGAGCCGGAGAAAGCCGCGUCCUGAUCACAACCGACCUGUGGGCGCGUGGAUUAGAUGUACAGCAAGUGUCUCUGGUCAUCAACUACGACCUUCCUAAUAAUCGUGAAUUGUACAUCCAUCGAAUCGGUCGCUCGGGUCGUUUCGGUCGCAAGGGUGUAGCGAUCAAUUUUGUCAAGACCGAAGACAUUCGAAUCCUUCGUGACAUUGAACAGUACUACUCCACUCAAAUCGAUGAAAUGCCAAUGAAUGUGUCCGACCUGGUUUAAACUCCCGUUGGCUCGUUUUGUCGGCUACUUCGCGUUUCUGCAUACACUGUAUAUCGUGCUUUAUGUCGUUCUUCAGCUGCUUGCAUGUGCUAGUCGUUGGUCUUUG